AUGAAGGAGUGCUGGCUGCAGGUGGGGCUGCUGGGCGUGUCCCUCCUCGCUGCCUGCCUGCACAUCCCACCCCCCAGGCUGGCUCCGGGGUGUCCCGUUGUCCCCAGAGAUUCCAGCGGCGCCGUCGGCAGCUCGGAUGUCGUGGUGCUCCUGCACGGCUUCCCCACAUCCAGCUACGACUGGAGCAAGAUCUGGGAGGGGCUGACCCAGCGCUUCCACCGGGCGAUUGCCCUGGAUUUCCUCGGAUUUGGAUUCAGUGACAAGCCUAGGCCCCACGGCUACUCCAUCUUUGAGCAGGCCACCAUCGUGGAGGGGCCGCUGCGCCACCUCGGGCUGCGGCACCAGCGCAUCAACCUCCUGUCCCACGACUACGGGGACACGGUGGCCCAGGAGCUGCUCCACAGGUAUGAGCACAACAGAACUGGAAGCAUCCUGAUCAACAGCCUCUGUUUGUCCAAUCCAGGGAUUUUUCCCGAAACAAACUACCCCCGCUUCAUCCAGAAGCUCCUCAAGGAUGGGGGUUUGCUGUCCCCCCUCCUCCUGAGGCUCAUGAACUUCUUCUCUGGAGGGCUCGGGGCAGAUUUUGGGCCCUACACACAGCCCUCCCAGGCAGAACUCUGGGACACGUGGACAGCAGUGAGGAACGACGACGGGAACCUCGUCAGGGACAGUAUUUUGCAGUACAUAAACCAGAGGAAGAAGCACAGAGAGCGCUGCCUCGGAGCUUUGAUCUCUCCCUCACUCCCAUUGCAUCUCAUCUACGGGCCCCUGGACCCUGUGAAUCCACAGCCAGAGUUCCUCCAGCUUUACAAGAAGGUGCUUCCCGUGCCCACAGUGUCCCUGCUGGAUGACCACAUUGGCCACUACCCCCAGCUGGAGGAUGCCCUGGCAUUUCUGAAUGCCUACCUGAACUUCAUCAACUCCUGCUGAGCUGCUGCAGCUCCGUUCUCACUCUUUGCUUAGAGUCAGGCUUUGGGAGCAGGAAAAACCGUGGAUUUUUCUCUCCCCAAUCCAACACUGUGCUCACACCUUCAUCCUGGGCUGCCAAACUGAGUGAAAUCCUUGGAGAGCUGGAAAAAUGAGGGGAAAAGCAGGAUUCUGACAGCUCUUCCAGCCCUGCACUCCCCUUCUCGCCCAGCUGAACUCAGAAGAGUUUCAAUCGACACGAAAUCAGAAUUUCUUACUUCCUUCAUCACCCUGACUUGGAAAGGAACAACCACUUCAUCAGCAGGGAGAGGCAGGAGUUCCCUCACAAAAUCCCUCCAUCCCCUUCCCUUCCCCGUUUUCCAGAUGGGAUUUUUCCCAGUUUGAACCCAGGAAAAGGCUGCCCUGAGGUUUGCUUGUUACCUGACAUAAAGCUCAGAGAAUUGAAUCUGCCUCAAGAGAUGGAGUUUAAUCUCUCUCUGUACAUUGAUUUUUCUGUGUGGAAGAAGAGACGGUCACAAAAAUAUUGCAAAUCUGGAGGUUUGGGGUGGUUUUUACCAGUUUAUGUUGGGAAUUUAAUAGCAUCCCUUUAGGAAUAAGGGGUUUUUGCUUUAUAAACAGCCCUUAUGGGAUAUUUUUUCUGUACUGGAGCAGACAGAAUUAGAACAAAAAAAUUCUAUUUUAUUAACAGGAAUUCAUAAGAAUUCCACCACUCGAACCAGUGUUUAUUUUCUGUUAAUAAAAAGCAAUU